UAUGGCCUAGACUAAAUUUGGAGGGUCUUUGAUAUGUGAGUGAUGUACAAGAUUGCAAAAAUCAAUGUUAUAUACUAAAGAGAAGGGAGAGACAGAAAAUAGAGUUCUUACGAAACGUGUAUUUGUGGUGUUUGAAAUAUUACCUGAAGCUUAGGCAUUCUCUGGCGCCUUGUCCUAGUAGAAGGUGUUAAGAUUAAGCGGCGGGUCAGAAAUUAAUACAAAUUCAACAUCGUUUUAUUCAAACUUUUGCUGCGGUCUGUGUGCUGUGUCUUCCUGUCAUUUUAUUCUUCUUUACUUAAAAAAAAACUAAAAAAAAAAAAAAAGUCAGGUCAGAUACUUAGUUCAUAGUUUUUUUCUUUUCUUUUCUUUUUCUGAUUAAAAGAUAGAUAUUUACUUUCAUCUUAUUAUAUUAAAAAAAAAAAGUUUUAUCUUAAUUUUCGUUGCAAGUUGUCGUUCCCUCAAUUUGAUUUUACAUAAAAAAAAAAAAAAAAUCAUCUUAGUCUUCAUUGUGAGUUUCCUCAAUUUGGUUUUACAUUAAAAAAAACAAAAAAAAAGUCAUAUACUCAGUACUUCCAACUUUUCAUCUUAGUUUUUGUUGUGAGUUAUCAUUUUCCUCAAUUUGGUCUUACGUUACUACAUUUCUAAAAACAGAGGAAAAAAAAGAUACUUCCUACUCUUUACCAUAUAGUUUUUGUUUUACUUUUUGAGAUUUCAUCCUCAGCUUGGUUUUACUUUUACUACCCCCCACAAAAAUAAUUUUUUUUGUAAAAAAGGACAAAAAAAAGUGUGUCAGGCAGUUCAAACAUUUCACCUUAAAGUCUGAUUCACGUUAGCGAGUAGAAAAACAACUUGCAACGUUGUGGCGCGAAGGAGACAGGCUUCCGAAUGGAGUUAUACGCAGCGGAGAGCAACCAGUUCUUGCUUCAUUGAUAAUUUGGUAUCCUAAACAAAGGACAAAAAAAGGUGUGUUAGGCGGUUCCAACAUUUCAACUUAAAGUCUGAUUCCCAUUAGCGAGCAGAAAAACAACUGGCAACGUUGUGGCGCGUAGGAGACAGCAUUCUGAAAGGAGGUAUACGCAGCGGAAAGCAGUCAUUUCUUGCUUCAUUGAUAAUUUGGUAUCCUGAACAAAGGUUUUAAAUAGCAUCUCGGUCCACCAUCCCCGUGAAGACGGUAGCACAUCGUCCGUCUAUCCAUUAAUAUCCAAAGAAAGACAGCAGCCAGUUGCAAGAAUGAAUUUUCUAGAGCUAAUCGGCGAGAAAAUUCUCGAUUGCGUGCUUGCAGCACUGGGACGUAACUUGGAUUAUCUGAUUCACUACAAAAGUAAUGUUGAUAAUCUCAUACCCCAAGUUAUAUAUCUACUGGAUGCCAAGGAUAGUAUACAAAAUAAAGUUGCGGCUGCUAGAAGAAAUUUAGAGGAAAUUCAUCCUCAUGUUCAGACAUGGCUUACCCGUUCUGAUGGGAUCAUAGCAGAGGCAGAGGAAUUCAUUAGAAAUAACGGGCAGGCAAAGAUGACGUGCUGCAAUGGGUGGUGUCCUAACUUGAAGUCCCGUUAUCAAGUGAGCAAGAGAGCAAUUGAGAUAGGAUUGAAAGUCAAGGAAAUCAAGGACGAGGAAAAGUUCGAUGGAGUUGGCUAUCGUAAGUCUCCACAAGUGGUAGAGACUGCUAUAUCGAAUACAGGGUAUGAGGCCUUUGAAUCAAGAAUGCAAACAUUAACUGGAGUUCUUGAAGCGCUCAAAGAUCCUAAGAUCAAUAGGAUUGGGGUUUACGGGAUGGGAGGUGUGGGCAAAACCAUGCUAGCCAAAGAAGUUGUAAAACAAGCUCAGAAAGACCAGUUGUUUGAUAAGUACCUUUUUUUAGUUGUAUCCAAAGAUCCAGUCUUGAAAAAUAUUCAAACGGAAAUGGCGGAGCAAUUAGGUCUAAAACUUGAGGUGGAGAGUGAAUCUGUAAGAGGAGAUCAACUACGUGAGCGAUUGAAACAAGAGAAGAAGACCCUUAUAAUUAUAGAUGACAUUUGGGAGGCCCUGAACUUGGAAUAUCUUGGGAUUUCCUUUGGAGAUGAUCAGAAGGGGUGCAAAUUAUUGUUGACGUCAAGAUCUCGUGAUCUACUAUCCAAGUAUGUGGAUACGCCAAAGCAGUUCCAAGUUGGAGUUUUAUUUGAAAAUGAAGCGAGAAAAUUGUUUGAGAACAUAGUUGGUGAUCUAGCUAAAACGCCUGAAAUCCAACCUAAUAUGCUUAAAAUUGUCAAAGAAUGUUCUGGAUUACCAAUUGCCAUUACAACAGUCGCAAAUACCUUGAAAAAUGUGACAGAGAUAUAUGUUUGGAAGGAUGUAGUCAACCAGUUCAAAAUGUUUAGCCCAAAAGAGAUUGAUGGAAUGGAUGAGAAGGUGUACAAGAGUAUAAAGUGGAGUUACGAGUUUUUGAAAAGUUAUGAAGCAAAGUCAUUAUGGUUGCUUUGUAGUCUACAUAGAGAGGAUUACAACAUAAAAGUAGAAGACUUGUUAAAAUAUGGUGUGGGUUUGAGCUUGUUUGAUAACCUUGACAAAAUAGAGGAUGCGAGAUGUAGGGUGCACACAUUGGUUAAAAGACUCAAAGAUUCUAGCUUGUUGUUGGAAGGUGAUUACAAUGGUACAGUCAAAAUGCAUGAUGUAAUUCGUGAUGUUGCAAUUAAUAUUGCAGCUGAAGAAAGGCAGAUGUUUAUGAUAAGAAAAACUACUGACUUGCAAGAACGUUUAAAUCGUAAAGAUUCAUUUGCAAUUUCAUUGCCUUACAUUGAUGAUUGUGACCUUCCUAAAAGGUUUGAAUGUCCAAAUCUUCAUUUAUUUUUUAUGUUCAAUCAAAAAGAGACUUUGCAAAUUCCAGUUUCAUUUUUUGAAGGGUUGAAAGAGCUCAGAGUUUUAAGCUUAUCUCGAUUAUGGUUUGAGAUGCUUCCUUCAUCACAUUUGUCACUUGAAAAACUCCAUACAUUGUAUUUAGACGGUACAGUGAAGGAUGUUACAAUAAUUGGAGAACUGAAGAAUUUGAAAAUUCUUAGCCUUUCAUUGAAAAUUUUUGAACAAUUACCAAAACAAAUAGGGCAUUUGACUCACCUUCAAUUGCUAGAUUUGGAAAAAUGUUCCGAACUUAAAGUCAUUCCACCCAAUGUGUUAUCUAAUAUGAAGAUUUUACAAGAAUUAUACCUACCGAGAACUGUUGAAUGGGAGGUUGAAGAACAAAGCACAGAAAGAAGUAAUGCUAUGGUCUCAGAAUUGGACAAUUUGUAUCACCUGAUCAUGUUACACAUACGUAUUCAGAAUUACCAGAUUUUACCAAAAGCCAUGGUUUUUGAAAGGUUGGUAAGCUAUAGAAUAACCAUAGGUAGUUACUUCUACAGAGAAGAAAUGUUAGAAGCUUCAAGAAUUUUAAAGCUCAAUAUAAGCCUUCAAUCUGACGAUGGGUAUAAAGUACUAUUGAGGAAAUGUGAAGCUCUCUUUUUGGGUGAAAUGAAGGGUGUCAAAAAUAUUCUUUACGAAUUAGAUUCGGAAGGUUUUCAAAGUUUGAAGCAUCUCACAGUCCAAUACAAUGACGAGAUUCAGUAUAUUAUCAAGUCUAUGGGGGUUCUCGGUUCUGUCUUUCCUAUCUUGGAGUCAAUUAAUCUAAGCAAUAUGAUCAAUUUGGAACGGAUAUGCUACACUCGACUUCCAGCGGAGUCUUUUCGUAACUUGCGAGUGGUAAAAGUGAGUACAUGUUGUAAUUUGGAAUUUGUCUUCUCCUCAUCUAUGGUUGGAUGCUUUUCACAUCUCCAAGAAAUGAAGAUACAUGAUUGUGAGAAAAUGAGCGAAAUAAUUGCGAUAGAAAGAAAAGAAGAAAUAGAGGUUAAUAGUGACGACAACAUUAUGUUCGCACAACUUCGUUCUCUCACUAUGAGCAAAUUACUAAAGUUGAAGGGCUUCUUUUCUGAUGAUGAAUAUCUAGUGCUUUUCAACAGAAAGGUUGUCUUUCCAAACUUGGAGGAAUUGAAAAUAGAGGGUAUGGGUAGCAUGAAGAUGAUUUGGCCUGACCAACUCAUUUUAGAUCCUCAAGGAAUAAUCACCUUUGGGAAAUUAAAUACCGUCAAUAUUUAUAGUUGUUCCAGUCUAAAAAGUGUUUUUCCAACAUCUGUGGCGAAGGCUCUUAUGCAACUUGAGAAGCUAGAGAUAUGGGAUUGUGCAACAGUGGAGGAAAUCAUAGCAAAAGAAGAAGGAAUAGAGACAACCACUUUGUUUGUAUUCCCACGGUUAUUCUCUCUAAAUCUUGUAAGUUUGCCUGAGCUCAAGAGUUUUUAUCCAGGAGAGCAUACUUCAGAGUGGCCGUUGUUGAAGCAGUUGACCAUUUGUAAUUGCGACAAACUGAAAAUAUUUGGUUCCAAUAAGGAAAGCGUCGAAGAAACAAAUGGGCUGGACCAUGAUGUUAGUGUAAUUCAACAACGCUUCUUUUUCAGUGAAAAGGAUGUCUUUCCAAACUUGGAGGAAUUGAAAAUAGAGGGUAUGGGUAGCAUGAAGAUGAUUUGGCCUGACCAACUCAUUUUAGAUCCUCAAGGAAUAAUCACCUUUGGGAAAUUAAAUACCGUCAAUAUUCAUAGUUGUUCCAGUCUAAAAAGUGUUUUUCCAACAUCUGUGGCGAAGGCUCUUAUGCAACUUGAGUAUCUAGAGAUAACGGAUUGUGCAACAGUGGAGGAAAUCAUAGCAAAAGAAGAAGGAAUAGAGACAACCACUUUGUUUGUAUUCCCACGGUUAUUCUCUCUAACUCUUAAAAGUUUGCCUGAGCUCAAGAGUUUUUAUCCAGGAGAGCAUACUUCAGAGUGGCCGUUGUUGAAGCAGUUGACCAUUUGUAAUUGCGACAAACUGAAAAUAUUUGGUUCCAAUAAGGAAAGCGUCGAAGAAACAAAUGGGCUGGACCAUGAUGUUAGUGUAAUUCAACAACGCUUCUUUUUCAGUGAAAAGGAUAAAUUCCCGAACUUGGAAAUAUUGUCAUUGGAUGAGGGCGAUGCCAUGAAUGAGACAUGUGGCGGACCGUCAGCAGAAUUCAAUUGCAACCUAGAAGAGCUGUGUUUGUACGGAAACGGUGAAAUUCCAAAUGUAGAGGCUCCAAUUGCAAGAGCAGGAUUAUCAGAUAUUCGCAGAUUAAAGAAUAUUGUGCCAUUCUCAUCCACAUCUUUCCACUACUUAAAGGAUUUGUGUGUAUAUAGAUCUAAUGUAUUGAUUAGUUUAUUAACUCCCUCAACAGCCAGAACUCUCGUGCAACUCCAAUGGAUUGUCAUUAUGGAUUGCAAAAGAAUGACAGAAAUAGUUGCAAAUGAGGGAAGUGAAGCAGAAGCAGGAGAUGAGAUCGCUUUCAAUAAUUUGAUAUCUUUGAAAUUUGAUAACUUGCCGAGUCUCACAGCCUUCCAUUUGGGGAAUCGCACCAUCAAAUUCCCAUCAUUGGAUGAAGUAAUGGUGAAGAACUGUCCUAAAUUGAUUAGUUUAUUAACUCCCUCAACAGCCAGAACUCUCGUGCAACUCGGAACAGUUGUAAUUAGGAACUGCAAAAGAAUGACAGAAAUAGUUGCAAAUGAGGGAAGUGAAGCAGAAGCAGGAGAUGAGAUCACUUUCAAUAAUUUGACACGUUUGUACUUAGAUUCUUUGCCGAGUCUCACAGCCUUCCAUUUGGGGAAUCGCACCAUCAAAUUCCCAUCAUUGGUUGAAGUAGACAUGUACAACUGUCCUAAAUUGAAGAUUUUCUGUAGUGGAGUCUUAAGCACGCCAAAGCUAACACGGGUUUGGAUGGAAGGAAAUCGAAGAGUCAAAAAGGAGGGGGAUGGAGAUGGAGAUCUUAAUGCUACAAUAAAAGAAUAUUGGGAGGCUAAAUUGGAGACUUGCGACCAAAAGUUCGCUGAAAAGACUGAUGCUAGUGACGGUGAGGAGAGUGAACAUGACGCUAAUGAUGACUUGGAGAGAGAAACUACUAGUGAAGUUGGGGACACAAUGUGAUGGAGAAUGAUGACGAGAGAGCAACUCAAAAGAAGAUGGAUCUUCCCUUUUAUUGAUUGUUUUAUUUUUGAGUGUUGUCUUUAUGUGAUUUAUUUAUUUUUGAAACCUAUGUGAUUGUUACAAUAUAUUAUUUAUUUUCGAAACCUAUGUUAUUGUUACACUAUAUAACUUUGUUGUAAUUCUAGACUACUUAGUACUCCUUCUGUAUUUGUACCCAUGAAUUUGUAAACUAUUAACCUACGUUGGACUAAUUUUCACCAAUUGUGACACUGUUAUAGUUGGAGUCAUAUUAAUAUGUAAGUGGUAUGGUUGGUCAAUA